AAGAGAAAAGAGAAGCAACUUUAUCUUGUGUCCUGUUUUUAAUGAACAUUAAAAGUAGACCGAUAGUUGUUUAAAGGCACUUUGUGUAGUUUGAUGUAAUGCAAUUUAAUUAUAUUGGAGUUAUUGAAUAACCUGCAAUAUGACAACUUCAUCUCAAAGCCUGCCAAACCAUUUGCCACUUCAUGAAGGACCGUUUGUCCCUGGCUGCUUGGAUGUCAUGUCGGGGUUUGGAGAGAAAAGCGUGUUCAUGAGACUAUGGUACCCGACAUCGCUAACAGAUGUAAAACAACACUCGCCAAAGUGGCCUCGUUGGAUGGACGAAACUUAUUUAAAAGGUUUUUCCACUGUCCUGGGAAUUUGGCCGAUUUUCCUGAAGAUAGUGCGGCGUUGGUACAGUGGAGACAUCCAUAUACCAGCGGUUUGGGGUGCUGACCUCCUAUCAGAGCCAAACAGUUUUCCGGUUGUUAUUUUCUCGCACGGUCUAGGCGCAUGCAGAUUUUUCUAUUCAAUCCUUGCAAUGCAGCUUGCCUCUCAUGGAAUUGUUGUAGCUGCAGUUGAGCAUAAGGACGAGAGCUCAGCAGCAACUUUUUUCUACGAAAACGAAAAGAAAUAUUCAGAAGGGAAAAAGAGCUUCAUGCUUUUCAGGGCAGUUGACGAGACUGCCAGUGGGAGUCACCUAGUCAUUCGGAAAAGACAGCUUGCCAUAAGAGCAAGUGAAUGUUCAAGAGCCUUGGACUUUUUAAAAAAUGUCAACGAGGGUACAGCAGUGAAUAAUUUGUUGGACCCAAAGAACAUGCAUAGUCAGGUUUUCGAGCAAAUGAGAGGUCGACUGGAUUUGCAGACUGCUUCAUUGAUGGGGCAUUCAUUUGGUGGUGCCACAACCCUUGUCACAGCGUCUCAGGAUGAUCGCUUCAAGCAACUUUUGGUUUUGGACUCGUGGCUUUUUGGGUUGAAAAAUGAAAGUGAGAUGCCAGAAGUGCUCAAGAAAUUCCCAAAAUUAUUUCUUAACGCUGACUACUUUCAACUAGACAACAAUUUGAGUGUUAUGAGGAGAUUCGUUUCACCCAGUGAUUCAAAAUUCACUGUUAAGCGCACUACCCACGAGCACUUGUGCGACACACCACAACUUGUGGGUAUGUGGCUGAACAGAGAUAAAGAAAGAAUAGACUUCCUGCAUGGCAUUCGUAUCAACUAUCACAUCGUGCUUAGCUACUUGAAACAGAGAAUUGGUGAUCCUAUAAAGUGGGACAACCAGACGUUUCUGGAUGAAAAUGGACAUCAUGUUGUACCUGAUAUCUCCGUCAGGGAAAAUUCUCAUUCGACAGGCUCUGCAAAACUGUGACUUCUUCACUAGAGGAUUGGAGAAUUUGGUUGAUAGACUUUUGUGAUACUUUUUGGGCUGGCAUUUUUUUACCUGGAUAUAUAGAUAUUUGAAUUAUGAUUUUUUUUAUUUGGUGUAAGGAACAAUGUAAAGAAUUAUUUUUAAUUAUUUUAAUUGUAUAAGAUGAUGAAGAUCGUAAAAUAAUUAUUUGCAAAUAAAUAAUAUAUUUUUAAGCCUAAA